GUAAUUUUAUCUCUUAUCAGGCAAAUGACAUCAAAUACCACGAGUCCCUGUCCGGAAAAUCGCACCCAGAUGAAGAUCGUCAGCGGAGCUCGAAGCAUUGCUCGCGGUCCAGAUCACGAUCAGUGGACCGAAAGCGCAAGUCAGGAGACAAGAGGCACAGACGAAGCCACAGCAGAAGCAAAGAGAGACCAAUUCUUCUUAAAACAGGCACGGAAGAAGGACUCUGAGAAAGCUCUGAAAUGUCAGAGCGGAUCAGAAGAGCAGCUGGAGAUGUCAGAUAAAGGCCGUGACAGGCUGUCUGAAGACAUGGAGGAGCGACAUCGCCGAAAAGACAAGAAAUCCUCCAGACCAAGAAGCCUAUCAAGAUCACGUUCAAGGGAAAGACGACAUCAUAAUCGAAACUGGGACAAAAGAAGAUCUCGCUCACGAAGCGGUGAAAGGAGAUCAAGGAGCCGUGACAAGAAGAGACGGGCAAGGUCUCGAUCAAACUCCAGAAGCAAGCACAGACAUCGCAGCAGGAGCCGUAGCAAGAGCAGGGAGAAGAAAAAGAGGUUAGAGAAAGCACGGAAAAAAAGUCGCAGUCGGUCAGCUAGUCCUGUGACCUUCAGGGGCAGAAACACAGCCAUGGAUGCUCAGGAGGCAUUGGCCAGAAGGUUGGAGAGAGCAAAGAAGCUUCAAGAACAGAAGGAAAAAGAGUUGUUGGAAAAACGGCAACAACAAGAGAGGGCAGCAGCGGCAGCUCCACUGUUGUGCGAUACAACCACUGCAGCACCCAGUUCAGGCCUGAACGUUGCAGCACUGCUGGCCUCUGGCACACAGGUCACUCCUCAGAUUGCAAUGGCUGCUCAGAUGGCAGCACUUCACGCCAAAACGCUGGCAGAGACUGGCAUUGCUGUGCCAAGCUACUACAAUCCCUCAGCGGUGAACCCAAUGAAGUUUGCAGAGCAGGAAAAGAAGAGGAAAAAGUUGUGGCAGGGGAAAAAAGAUGGGGACAAGUCACAAACAGCUGAGCUUUGGGAGAAGCUGAAUUUUGGUAAUAAAGACCAAAAUGUGAAAUUUCGCAAAUUAAUGGGCAUCAAAGGCGAAGAAGAAGGUAGUUCAUCAGGAGCUGGUAACGAAGAAGGUCUUAAAACCUUGCAACAGCAGGAAGAGAUGUUCCGAAAUUUGGACGUCCAGUAUGAGAUGGCCCGUUCACAAACACACACGCAGAGGGGAAUGGGCCUAGGUUUCUCCUCUUCAUUUUCUUCAAGGGGCAUGGAUGCUGUCUGAACAUUCUGUAUUUGUGUUUCUCAUUUUUGUACAUUCUGUCUGAUGUUACCACUGUAAAGCUGGUUUGUAUGUGUUUGUAGAGAAUACUGGUGCAUUAGCCUGCAUGUAUGAUUCAUCAGGUCUGUCAUUUUAUUCAUUUUGGAAAUUCACAUGUAAAUACAGUUGAUUGCUCAAACAUAUAUAGUUGCUUGGUCUCUGAAGAUUGCGUUUAAUAUUGUAAAGCUUUUGUUUGGAUUUUGGGAGGGGAGUGUGAUUGUAUAUUUCACUGUUUGUAUUGAUACUGUCUGAAGUUAGCGAUUCCUGAUA